AUGUAUUAUUCCAACGUCACAGUGCUCUUGAACACCACAGGCAACCACUCCAUCUCCGAUUCGUCCUUCGGUACGCUGCGUCGUGCCGCCACGGGAUGGACACCGCUGCUUAUAGUGAAACUGAUUAUAUCCAUCUUGUCGCUGUUUUUUAACACCGCCGUCCUUCUCGUCCACUGCUUCAUCCCGGCGUACAUCGACCCCUUCAGCGUGUACCUGCUGGCGCUGUUCCUUUCCAACCUCUUCUACAUUCUCCUUUCGCGCCCCAUCGCAGUCCUGGACGAACUGUACGGAAUUUACCCGGCGGCCGGUUAUCCCGUCUGCUUUCUGUUCAUGUACAACAAAGUCAGCAGCGUCAUUCCGGUCUUGCUGCACGUCCUUAUCUCCCUCAACCGGGUAUGGGCCGUGACCUUUCCCAUCUCCUACCGCGAGCGCCACACUAAACGCCUGGCCGUGUUCAUCUGUAUUGGCGUCGUUGUCUACGUCCAUCUGUUAAAUUUGCCGCCAUUUUUGGUCGAUCAGCUGCUGCAUUAUCCGGCCAUCUACGCCAAGUACCAGGAUUGCGGGCAUAUUUCUCCCAACUUCCUGGAUUUUAAUAAAGCCGAUGACAUUAUCAAUCGUCUGCUCCCGAUGCUGAUUGUCAUGGUAGCGUAUGCGUUCAUUAUUGUUAAACUGUGGCUAAAGAGACAUUCACGUCGCCGCAGCAUACCGAUUAGCUUAAAGAAGUUGCCGGCUAGGAAGAAAAGUUCCAAGCAGAAUCCACAACCCACCGCUGCACAGCCGUCGCCCCCGAAGAAAACCGUUAAACCCUUCGUCGUCUUAACGCUGACGACGAUCAGUGUGGUGGUCUGCUGGGCGCCGAUACAGGUGUUCUUCUUCAUGGGUUUGUUCCUCCACAUUGGUUUGCCCACCAUCGUCUUAACCAUCGUGACCACGCUGUAUUCGCUGCAGAUGAUCUUUGAUCCACUGGUGUGGAUCGGCAGCUUGCGCAGCGACAAUUAG